AUGCCACCGAGGGUACCAAUUUUGUCGCUUCGACGACAGGCUCUCCGGUGCCACAAUGAGCUACGAAUUGCCUCCCGGGCAGCCAGCACGGCUGCUGCUGCUUCUCCAGCAAUCACCCCAGCUGCAUCCAUUGAGCAGAUGACACACUCAAAAGCGCCGAUUUCAAAGACUUCUCUUAUUCAGCCACCGUCACACCGCAACCCGGAAUAUCGUCGGUCACAGCUCCUGCGUCAAUAUACCUCCCUUCUCCGUACCUCUCCUCUCAUGGUGAUCUUCCAGCACAACAACCUCAAAUCCAUGGAAUGGGCCUCAAUUCGACGAGAGUUGAACAAGGCUUUACAAAAGGUUGACCAGAAGAUUGCAGCUGAAGGGCGAACUGCCCCGGAGCUGGCUCCCCAUAUUAAGCUUCAGACAAUCCAAACCAGCAUUUUCGAGGUUGCCGUGCGAAUCGUCGAAUACUUCCGGCCAACUGCGGCCUCCGGAAAGCCCCCAAGCGCCGUCGACCCUGUCACACAGACCUCUGCUGAAUUGCCCCUGCACUCUGGAUCCAAGGAUGACCCAUUCCUGAGCCAUGAUUUGUCUCGAGCUGCGCACGCAGCGGUGAAGCACCUGAAGGGCCGACACGAGCUCGCUGAUAUCCUAGUUGGACCCAUCGCUGUUCUCUCCAUUCCCGCCGUUUCCCCCGAACAUAUGAAGGCCGCCCUUUCAAUCCUCACCCCUAAGGAGGCUGGCUUCCCUGCGCCUACGCGUAAAGGCAACCCCGACUACCACGACCCCAUUGUCCAAACCGGCCUGCAGAAGAUUAACCUUCUCGCGGCACGCGUGGAUGGCGAGGUGUUUGAUAUCGAUCAGACCAAGUGGGUUGGAAGCAUCGAAGGUGGCAUGGAUGGCCUUCGCUCCCAGCUUGUCAUGGCUUUGCAGAGCAUGGGAUCCAGCGUCACUAGCACCUUGGAAGGCGCUGGAAAGAGCUUGUAUUUUACUAUGGAGAGCCGGAGGAGCGUUCUGGAGGAAGAGCAGAAGCCCCAGGGCGACAAGGGCGAAUCAUCCUAA